GGGCAGGGGGAAGGAAAUGAUUAGUCUCGAGAGGUCCUGCUGGUGAGCAGCGUAUUGCCUGCAGCCUGCUGACAGGAGCCAUUGUGCGCCAGGCAAAGAGGCCAGGGGAACUGAGACACUGUCCAGCCCCCGGCCUGCCUUUUCUUACUUCGGCUCCAAUCAGGGCAGUGAUCGUUUCUGGAGCUUCCCAGGAGGGGCCCCUUGUUUACGGGAUGGGGUCCAAGCUCAGCUCUUUCCUGAUGGAGUGAGAGCCAGCUGCAGAGCCGGAUGGAUGGAGGAAAAAGAAGACCUUGAAUUUUCCCUACACUUUGAUUAGAUUGAGACUCUUCCCAGACUGCGCCUCGCUGAAUCCUCCUUCACUGAGAAGCUGGUUUGUGCUGCUCUGGAAUUCUGCUGUGAUGCUGGUGUGAGCGGUGGGAUACUAGUGUUAGCCAGGGGAUACUGGUGUGAGAAGUGGGAUAUUGGUAAUCAAGCAGGGUUCUGCUAUGGACACCACCGUGACAGCCAGCUCAGCCGGCCCCAUCACGAUCAUCAACAGGUUCAUCACCCAGCCCCACACGGCCAGUGCUGCCAACCCAGCCAAACCGCGGCCCCUGGAGAAGUUCUACAAGGGGGAGCCGCUGGCCCUGGGGAUUACCCAGAUCGUAGUUGGAGCUGUGCAGCUUGCUGUCGGGGUGAUGAUGGCUAUGGUCAGCUCCGAUUUGUGGAUAUUGGCAUUGAGUCUGCACGUCCCGAUAUGGAGCGGGUUGCUGUACAUCAUCUCGGGGGCCCUCUCAGUGGCGGCUGCAAAGAAUCCCAACAUACCACUGGUGAAAGGCAGCCUAGGAAUGAACAUCAUCAGUUCCGUGCUGGCUGGAUGUGCCAUGAUCCUGUAUCUGAUCAGCUUGACAGAAUCCAGGUAUCAGAGCAGGUGUUACUGGUACCCAGAGACGUGCAUCACUUAUAAGGUAACCGUGGCCUGCAUCACGGUUCUGCUCCUGUUCACCUUCCUGGAAUUCUUUGUCUCCAUCUCCACUGCGGCCUUUGGGUGCAAAACCACCUGCAGGAACAGCUACAGCGAAGUGUCUGUGGUCAUUUACCAGAACGUGGUGCCUUCAGAUGAUCCAACUACUGCCACCAACACCCACUCUGAUGCUGUUGCCUGCACUCCUCCCCCUUACAAGGACCUCGCCACCCCAUGAGCUGUUCCCUAGGGCAGCCACUGCCUGGAUCACCAGCUCCCUACAGACCGUGCCCAUCUGUGCCUUACUGGAGACCAAAGCAGCAGAGUGGGAACUGGUCAUAGCUCCUCACUCCUGACACGGAGCCUGCUGACCCCCAUGCAGUGAUCACAGUGCCGAUGGCGAGAGACAUGUCCCUAAAGAUGCCUGACCCACAGCAUCACACAAUCUAUCUGCCAGUCUCCUGGCCCUUUCCGUCCUACCCCUGUGGAUGGGAUUUCAGCCCCAGGUCCCACACUCUGUAACAUGUCCAGGCUGCCUCCAAUAAAACCUUUUUCUUUAAUCAUCC